AUGGGCUCCUUGAUGAACAAGUCGGACCCGGCCUGCCGCCACGACUUCAGAACGCCUGCGCAGUGCGGUUCUAUUUACGCUGUUUAUCAGCACCGGGACCGGGGUGGUGGUGCUGACACCGCAUCCGCCGCAGCGGCUGAACCCAUACGACACGUCGUACAGCAGAUUGAAAAGUCGUGUCUGAAGGCGUGCCGUGAUGAAGAAAGAUUCGAGAUCAUGUUUGUGCAUCCGAGGAUCCAGGCGGCCAGAGAUGAUAUAUACGAGUACUGGCCGACGGACCGCGUCGACGAGUGGAUAGCGCGGUAUCCGGGAGCGGAAGUCGUGCAACGGUGGAAGAGCCGCAGUUGGGACGUUAAGCAGCAGUCGUCGCAGUGA